UGUAGUGGACAAAAGCAUGUGUGGUGAAGUAAUAAGGACCUAACUGCUAAGGAAAAGUUUCAAAUUAGAAAACAGUGUUGAAGAAUUCAUUCAAGCUCAAGAUUUAAAAGUAAAAAAAGAUGAAAAAAGUUUUAUUCUGUUUUUUAUUUGCUGGUUUAUUUAUUAUAAACUGUAAAAGUCAGUUUCCUGGCAUGCCGCCUCCACCAAUGAACAAUAUACAGAAUAGUGCGCUUGGGAUUUGCCCAAGCAGCUGUAAUAUGACAUCACAACCAUGCGAUUGUUACACGGAUGGUUUUGUUGAAUGCGGAAGGAAACAGCUUAUAGUCGUGCCACGUUCACUACCAAGUUGUGCUAAACUUGUGAAUCUACAGCACAACAAUAUAAGCAACAUAAGUGUUUGGGAUUUCCAAGCAUUAACGAACGCGGACACAUUAAAGUUAUCGUUCAACAAAAUACAACAUAUAGCUGUUGGUGCCAUGUCUUUUAUGCCAAAUUUAACAAAAGUAGACUUAAACAACAAUCUACUAACAACAAUAGAAGAUUGUACAUUUCAUGGUUUACAAAGUUUGAGGUUUCUUUACAUUGAACAUAACCAGAUUGAUGUCAUUUCACCAAGAGCAUUCAGUGGACUAUAUCACCUACAUACAGUGUCGUUUAUUGGCAACCGUAUAACAACAUUCAAUCCUCAAUGGUUCUAUGCAAUGCCACAACUGCAUUCGUUCACGGCACCCCUUAACCCAUGGCUAUGUACAUGCCAACUUAAGUCAAACUUCACUGCAGUAAUCAACAACUUCUCAAACAUAACGAUUCAUUGCCCUACAUUCCUUGUCUUCAAGAAUACAAUAAUCAGUCAAACCUGUUUAACCUGCACAUCACCUGUAAGGUUUCUUGGGAGGCCUAUCCACAAUAUUACGUUAUCAGAAUUCACAGACUGUGGAUCCAUAACCCAACCAGUAUUACCUGGCAAUCUGACGGCAGUUAUGAGUGAUUAUUGUCAAGCCAAAGUGGAGAGAAACGUCAUAAACAUACAACAACCCCGCCCCAACAACAACACACCCAAUACAACAAACCCCAUAACAUUGUACAGCAAUACAACACCAUAUAUGACAACCCAUAUUAAUACAACCAACAGCACAGCAUCAGUUGGAUUUACGAACAGUUCCCAUUUACCACGGUGGUCCAUAGUAGUACUUAUAGUUGGCCUAACUAUCAUACUUUUGGCCAUUAUUAUAUUCAUUGCAUUAUGCUUGAGUAGAAAGCAGAAAUCCAAAAUGAAAUCACAAUUAUCAGGUGAAACAAUGACUGUUACAUCACAAACCAACGGUAAACAUGAAACCGAUCCUUUGAAUACAAACAAUUCGGACACAAAGAUUUAAACAACAACGAAUUAUCUUUUAAACUACUAAUUUUGCCAUAAGCAUCAGAAGAAUACUAUUUUGUAUAGUCAUAUUCCUCAUUUCUUUGAGUAAUAAAGGUUUAGCACCACAGCUCCAAAAUACCAGGUACCUCUAGAUUUGCAGAAAUAUUUCAAAAAUCAAUAAAAAUGUCCUCAAUAUUUGUUUGUUAUAUUUCCGAAAGCGAAUUGUACUUUAACACAAACUAUAACUUAUUGCACUAAAUGCUUAAUCUUGAUUUUUUUACAAAUUUUAUUUUAUACACUGUGUAUAUUCUUACUAUAAUGAUCUCAGCAUAGCAGGGGUCCCACGUAAAUUUAAAGCCGACAAUUUAAAGUUAAAAAGAGAUUUUUAUUGAAAAGCAAACAAUAUUUUUUCUGUUCUCCUUUAUCAGGAUAAUGCUAUACUCAAAAACACACCUUCAUAUAAUUUGGAAAAGCGAUGAUAUUUAUGGCUACCAUUGUUUUACAAUAAAACUUUUCAAAGGAGAGAUACAUGAUUAAUGUUUCAAUAGGGCUAAACCCGGAACAGUACAAGUUUUUACUUACUAACCUCUAACCCUAAGCUCACUAUUUUAUCAAGUUUUCAUUGUCGAGUUUUAAGGUAACAUGGUAGCAAAAGCACAAUGUAAAAUGAUUUGCAAUCAAAACAAGUAUUAAGCUUUGCAUCAGUUGCAUUCAACUAUAUAUACAUAUAAUACAAAUAUAUUUAAAACAUUUUCUAAAGCAAUAACAGCUGUACAUUAAAACUAGUGUUUAGUAGUUUUUGCAACUUUUAUUAACAACCUUAGAUAAUAUAAACAUAGUCCUUAAAAUUUUUACUGUUUUAUUGAUAACAAAUGCAGGCUACAUCAAUAGAAAACUACAUUUGAUUUCUUUCCUCAAAGUUUUUUCUCUUUGUAUCAAUUCUGUCGUUAAAGAGCAAAACUUUGCUUUAAUUUUCACUUUUUAAGAGGCACGCCAUAUAUUGUUACACAUACUCUUUUAUUUUAAGGUAAUAUAUUAAAUCAUGAUAUUUGUAAAUAUUGUAAUGUGCUCCACUGUACUUUAGUUAACUCCAACUAUAUUAAACAAACAAUUGUUUUAAUUUUUCUCAUGUUAUGUUUAGUAUUCUUUGACAAAAUAUGUUUAUUUCAAUUUUAACCGCAAACUUUGUGGAAUAAAAGUACUAUCCCAUGAAAAAA